UCUUUAAGAGAAUUUGAGGGGUAGUUGGUAGGAGUCAAUAGAGGGCAGUAGUGCAACAUAAAUGGAUGCAAGCUGCCGUUAAAACCUAAAAGAAGAAGAAGAAGAAGAACAGAAGAAGAAAAAGAAGGAAGAAGAACUUCUUGUUGACGUGUAGGUUGGAAAGUGUAGCUUUAGCAAGUAUCAAAGUGUACUCUUAUUAAUUAUUCAAAAAUGAAUUCGUUCGGUUUAUUGCAAAGGUUUUUAACAAAACGCUACUCAAGAUAAACUGGAAAAACUGCAAAGGUGUGGUUGAAUAAGGACGUCUGUGAUAAACUAUGGGGAAGAAGAAGGUGCUGGAUCUGUAUAGAGCCCCAUUUCCACUGUACACCGUCAAAGUGGAUGCCACUACAGGGCUUGUGAUAACAGCUGGAGGAGGGGGUCCCUCAAAGACAGGAAUAAAAAAUGCUGUACAUUUCCUGGAUGUGCAGAUGGUUGGAAAAAAUCAGUACAGCUCCAGUCUUCUUCACUCUCAUGACACGGACACACGCGCCACUAUAAACAUGGCUGUUGGUGAUGGUGUGAUUGCUGCUGGACAGGAUGGCACAUGCAGCCUCAUGAGGUUUAAACUCUGCCUACAGAAAGAAGAAAAUGCUACGCAUAGAGAUGGUAACACCCUGGAACUAAGCAAUGCCAGACGGAGAUCUGGGAAAGCUGGCAAAGGUAAUCUUGAGAACCGUUCUACUACUGGAGAUGAGUCUGAUACUAGGAAUGAGACGGUUCAGAUCACAGUGACCAAUAUAGCUGAAGUGCUGUCAGACCUAAACCCCCAUGACCCUCUUCAGAAAGUUGUUAGGUUCAGUCCUGACAUGAACUUUCUGCUGACUGGAGGCACCGAUGGAUACAUCAGAGUUUGGGAGUUUCCAUCCCUUGAGAAAAAGUUUGACUUUAAAGCACAUGAAAAGGAGAUCGAAGACUUGGAUAUGAGUACAAUAAGCAAGCAACUUGUGACUGUGGGGCGAGACUUUGUCUGCAAUGUGUGGAGUGACAACCAACUGGUUACAAGUCUGAACUGGCUUGAAACUACGCCUCAAAUUGCUGAAAAGACCUAUCGAUAUAUGGCCUGCAGGUUUGGAAAUGGUGAAGAUGAGAAAGAUGCCAUAAGGCUUUACACAGUCCAAAUCCCUCAUAAACGAGACAAAAAACCUCCUCCAUGCUAUAUCACCAAGUGGGACGGCAAGAUCUUACUUCCUAUGUUAACAUCUCCCUGUGGUACUGAAGUUAUCUCCUGUCUGGCUGUGAGUGACUCUGGGAGGUUUCUUGGCCUUGGAACAGUAACUGGAUCAGUAGCAGUUCAUAUUGCUUUUUCUCUACAGAAGCUGUACUAUGUUCAUGAGUCACAUGGCAUUGUUGUGACGGAUGUAGUCUUUCUGCCCAACUUGAUGAAAGGCCAAAAUAUCAAAGGGAACAACAAAGCAGCAAUGCUGAGUGUAGCUGUGGAUAGUCGAUGUCAAGUACAUACCGUCACCAAAGAAAGGCCUAUCCCUCCCUGGCUUUUCUUCUGUGGGCUCAUCAUCGUGGGAAUGCUCUUAAUUUUGCAGUACCUUUUUCCAGUGUUGCUCUAAAUGAUGCAUAUUAUCUGUGAUUAAUAAACCUCUGACAAAUUGUCAGCACCUACAAUUA